CAUGCCAAGGCUGGGUGUUUGGACGCUCAAACGAGGUGGGACAGAAGAUGAUUUGAACUUUUCCCGGGGCCAAUCGCCAAGUGACUCCACCUUCUGCUCUAAAGAUAUCUUACCGUUAUGUGAGCAAUCAGCACCACAGAGACAUCAACCGAGUCCAACACAACACACAGCCGGAGGAGACCUCUGACUAUAACACAAAGUGAAGACAUGCCUUCUGCCGGAGUGGAGAUACUUGGAGUGUCUAUGGCCAUCCUGGGAUGGAUCUCAGCCAUUGUGUCGUGCGCCUUGCCCAUGUGGAGAGUGUCGGCCUUCAUUGGGAUGAACAUCGUCACAGCUCAGAUCACCUGGGAGGGCAUCUGGAUGAACUGUGUGGUCCAGAGCACGGGUCAAAUGCAGUGUAAGAUCCACGACUCCAUGUUGGCUCUAAGCGGAGAUCUCCAGGCCGCCCGUGCCCUCACCAUCAUCUCCAUCGUGGUGGGCGUCGUGGGACUCCUGGUGGCCACGAUGGGAGCGAAAUGCACCAACUGCGUGGAGGAAGACACGGCCAAGGCCCGAGUGAUGAUAGCUGCCGGGGUGGCUUUCAUUGUGGCGUCUUUCACCCAGCUUAUCCCGGUGUCGUGGUCCGCCCACACUAUCAUCAUGGAGUUCUACAAUCCGAUCAUACCUGAGGCACAGAAGCGGGAGAUAGGGGCAGCUCUGUACCUGGGCUGGGCCGCCGCCGCCUUCCUGCUCCUCGGAGGGGGGAUUCUCUGCUCCAGUUGCCCCAAGCAGCCCGAGAAAAGGUACGGGCCACCUUCAAAGAUGGUGUACUCUCACACCAGGUCAAUCGCACCGAGUGGUUACGACAGGAGAGACUAUGUUUGAGUUCACCACCUGUUCCUAUUCUCACACAUUUUCUAAGGUGAAAAGUUGAGACACAAACUGGAGGGAGGUUUUUUUUUUUUUUUUAAUAACUGUUUUAUAUACUGCAUAUUUCUCUUAAUGUUGACUUUGGGGAAUCCCUGAUUUUUCAUACCACCGUGUAGGUAGACUCUUCUUCACAGGUCCUCAAAGCUGUUUUCUUUCAUGAUCACAUUUUGUGUCUAACUUUGAGGCUGUUGGAAGCACUGACCGCUACAUUCAAGUGAAUAAGGGGAGACCUAAUUUUAUACUUUAUGAAAUAAUUUUGUAAUGUGAUCCACGUCUAAAGAAAAGGUGAAGCUGCAUUUUUACUUUUUAUGUGUAUUGACUGUACUGUUUUUUUUCCUUGAAGCCACAUAAUGCUACAUUUGUUUUGUUUGUUUUUCUGGAACGUUCGGUUUUUAAAAUGUUACUUUAAUGUGUAAAUUAAAGUCCUUUCUUGUA